AUGGCUCAAAAUCCAAGAGAACAGUGGGAGCGGCUUCAGCUCAUCCUAAAACAACGUGGAGCCCGCGGAGGUUUCGGUUUCGGCGGUCUCCCUAGCGGCGGGGGUCGCGGAGGAUUGGGACUGGCGGCAGCUCUUCUAGUUGGUGGUGGAGUAUGGGCUCUGUCGAAUUCGCUUUUCAACGUUGACGGUGGUCACCGCGCGAUCAAGUACUCGAGAGUAAGUGGUGUGAAGAAGGAUAUCUACAGCGAAGGAACGCAUCUUCGUAUCCCAUGGUUCGAAACGCCCAUCAUUUACGACGUCCGUGCAAAGCCGCGCAACAUUGCCUCUCUUACCGGUACCAAGGAUCUUCAAAUGGUUAACAUCACCUGCCGUGUCCUGUCGAGACCGCGAGUGGACGCCCUUCCGCAGAUCUACCGGACUCUCGGAUCCGACUUUGACGAACGAGUCCUGCCAUCAAUCGUCAACGAAGUGUUGAAAAGCGUUGUCGCCCAGUUCAAUGCCAGUCAGUUGAUCACACAGCGUGAGAACGUUGCAAGAUUAGUCCGGGAUAACCUCGCCCGCAGAGCGGCUCGUUUCAACAUUGCCUUGGAUGAUGUUUCUUUGACUCACCUUACAUUCUCGCCCGAAUUCACUGCUGCCGUCGAAUCGAAGCAGGUCGCUCAGCAAGAGGCCCAGCAGGCCGCUUUCUUAGUCGACAAGGCUCGUCAGGAGAAGCAGGCCUUCAUUGUCCGCGCUCAGGGUGAGGCCCGCUCGGCAGAGCUUAUCGGAGACGCCAUCAAGAAAAACAGGAGUUACAUCGAGCUGCGGAAGAUCGAGAACGCCCGGAACAUUGCCCGUAUCUUGCAGGACAACGGCGGCCGCAACAAGCUCUACCUGGACACACAGGGUCUGGGCUUGAACGUCAAUGCGGGUGCAGAGGAUACGAAAUAA